UAGGUUGUGAUUGGCUGGCGUCGUGCCAGAGGAGAGAGUAGCAAGAUGGCGGCGGAUAUAGUAAGACGGAGGCUGUGGGCUAGGGGAAGGUGGAAGGUUCCGUGGACUUUUCUGUUUCUUGCUUCCCUGCUCCUACAAACCAGCUGUGCCGAUCAGACAGAAGAGUAUUUGAAGAGAGAGCACUCUCUAACCAAACCCUAUCAGGGUGAGUAGGGCAACGGGAGUGAGUGGAGUCAUGGCAAGGACUGGGUGAGGAGUCAGAUCAGGUCCUGCGCUAUACCACGAUGGGCCAUAUUAAUCAAUGAAGAAACAGGUGCCUUUACAGCCAAAUAAUUUAAUGUAUAUUGACGCCUCUUUCUGCUUUCAUAAAUAUGGUUCAUAAUGUGUCUCGCGUGAUAAUACCAGAAAAUAUAAACGUUGGCAAAGGAUAUAUAAAAAUAAGGGGAAGAAAUAGGGUGAAGUCUUUAAUGAAUAACCCUACCAGAAAAUCUUUCAUUUAAGUGUGAAUUCCAAACGAAUUGGAAGCAAAGAUGACUUAGAGAAUGUUUCAAGUUCGGCUAUUUUUACCUCAAAUUUGAAAUUCACUUUGAAUUUUCACAUUGGUGAACAAACCUGACUGAAAUGUAUUGAAUUGAAAAGUAAAUUACAAAAUGUGCAGAUUUGGAAUAAUUGUACAUUUUAGCUUGUCAUAGUUUGACAAAAAAAUUUUUGUCAGAAUUUUUCAAUUUAAUUUUCAUUUAAUGUAUGGUGAAUAAACACCCCGCUAUCAGGGUUAUUCGCUAAAGUGAGAAUUGUUGGGAAUUCAAAGUAAAAUUUAAAAUGUAUUUAGGAGCCAAACUGGAUAAAGUCUCCAAGUCCGCUAUACUACCAGUUCGGCUAAUUUUUCCUUAAAACAUUCCCCAUAAAGAUGCAUUGGUUCACUUACCUAAGAGAAAGCAUUGUAUUGGCUGAGAAUAUCAAGAUUGAUUUCAGCCACGGAGGCGGGACCAGCUGUGGCGAGACGGACGCAUUAUGGGAGAAAAGAUGAGUAAAACCACCAUUUUACGGAGAUCGUAGGGGGUUUGGUAACCUAAACAGUCACUUCAGGACUGUAGUGUCAUGAAUAUAUGUUUGUAUUCCUGAUAAGAUAGCAUUUCUUUAAAGCUGCACUGUCAUGCCGAACUUACCUUUCUUUAAUCUAUUCCUCUUCUCGCCCUCUCUCAGGAUCUGUUCUUCAUUUCUUCCUGUCUGCUCUAGUUGUCUUUAAAACAUAAGACAAAGUAGGGACUAUUUGCCUUAUGGAGCUUUGUUACGCCUGACCAUCUCUGACCAGCAGAGGAGCAAAGUGUGCUUCAUUUCCGGUGGUCAGAGCAAUUUUCCCACAAUUCUUACCUUUCCUCCUUGCUGCCGCGAAGCUUCCUUUUUCACUUUUCCCGAACGUCCUGUCAUGUAGACAGAAUGCCGGCGAAACUACCGAAUUACGUCCUAACAGAAUGAGAACAGUUUCUCCAUUCAUUUUAGGACGCAAUUCGGGACUUUGUUUGAAUUGGAAUUUCAUUUAAAUUAAUGAAACUCGGAUCCUAUUCAUGCCGUGGCUGCAUCUUGCAUCAGCCGCUUAGUAGAUAACUCCCUAAUUCCCACAGUAUUAGGGAGAGGAGGACAAUAGACCCCUCCCCCCCACUGCCCCUACUAGGUAUACCGUGAGCAGGGGCAUGUCUACUAAACAGUGAGCUGCCACUGGUUGCUCACUGUUUAGUAGACAUGCCCCUGCUCACGGUAUACCUAGUAGGGGCAGAAUUUACUAAUACUAAGUAAUCUUUACUUGAUAUUAGUAAAUUUGUCUGAAAGACCAAUUUAGGUCUUUCAGCCUUUUGGUAGAUAGCUCCUUGAAAUCGUGGGAAUUAGGGAGUUAUCUACUAAGCCGCCGCACGAAUAGGGUCAGUGUUUCAUUCAUUCGAAUGAAAUUCCGAUGCGAACAAAGUCCCGAAUUGCGUCCUAACACGAAUGGAGAAACUGUUCUCAUUCUGUUAGGACGCAAUUCUGUAGUUUCGCCGGCGUUCUGUCUAAAUCACAGGACGUUCAGGAAAAGUGAAAGGAGCCUUUGCAGGAACACGGAGGAAAGGUAAGAAUUGUGGGGAAAUUGCUCUGACCACCGGAAAUUAAGCACACUUUGCUCCUCCACUCGUCAGAGAUGGUCAGAUGUAGGAAACCUCCAUAAGAUAAAUAGUCCCUACUUUGUCUUAUGUUUUAAAGAAGGCUGAGCAGACAGGAAAAAAUGAAGAAUAGAUCCUAAAGGAGGGAGAAAAGAGGAAUUGAUUAAAGAAAGGUAAGUUCGGCAUGACAGUGCUGUUUUAAGGCAGUUCAACUGACACUUUCUAGGAGCUAAUGGGAUGUAGAAAGGGUUUUUUUAAAUUUAUUUUUGUAUCUAUGUUGAAAUAUAGAAGCAAUACGUUUACAUAAAUACUUUUCAGGAGUGGGCUCUUCUUCCUCAUCCCUGUGGGAUUUGACGGGGAAUGUCCUUGUAACCCCGCAGUAUGUACGACUGACCCCGGACCAACAGAGCAAGCAGGGGGCUGUUUGGAACCGCGUGGUAAGGCAAUUGUGUAGAAAUGACAAGACAGCAGUAUUUUUGGGCAAAGUAGCUAAACUGGAAACAUUACCCAACUCUAUAACAUAAUGAUUUGCAAUUUCGAAGUUAUCAACAAGUAGUGAUUAAACCCCUGAGUAUGCUAUUUCGUCUACCUUUUGGAAACUAGUGGAAAUAUCAGACAAGAAAAAUAAUCAAGUUUUUUACACCAAACACAUUUGUCCAUUUUGUACCCUCAGGCUGGCAUAUUGUUAGCAGUGUGCAUUAUACACUGGUGAGCCUUGGGGAGGGCGCUGUUAAAUUAUGUCACUUGCCAAAUACACUGCUUGCUCCCAAAGUCCAAAUCUAACUCCCCUUCCUAUACUCUGGUCUCUGUCACAUCUGUCUCAGUCCUUUUCUUUAAUAAUCUACCUUGUUGGAAGGGCACCUCAACUCUACCUUUACAUGGUCCUUCAUCUCUUUUGGGGUUUCUACCCAUUUACUCUUCUUCCCACUUUUCCUACAUUUCUUAGUAUUUUUUUCAAUGAGUACAUUGCAGGGUUAAGACUGCCUUUAGUGGCUGUCAGCCACUAGAGGCACUUCCUGCUUGUUAGAUGACUUUCGUUGACAUUGAAUGUCCUAACUCUCUGCUAAAGUCCCUACCCCCAUUAUAGCCCCUCUACUCCCAAUUACAGCCCACAUCCCCCACAACACAACUCUGGCUUUGUAUUCCUAGCACUGUAGUAUCCCUUUAAGCCAAGGUUUGAGAAAUUUUCUUGAAAUCUAGAGGCAGCUGAAAGUUAGGAGCGUGUUUUUCUUUUUUUUUUUUAACUAACCGCUUUAUUUUCAACAACCAAAAAAUACAAUUCUUAAAAGGGUCACCAGAACCACUACAGUUAAAUGUAGUGGUUCUGGUGUUUAUUUCCUGUCAUUACAGGCUUUUUAAUGUAAACUCUGCCUUUUCAGAGAUAAGUCGGUGUUUACAUUGCUGCCUAGUAACACCUCUAGUGACUGUCACUCAGACGGCCACUAGAGGUGAUUUAUAGUCCAGUGUUGCACUGUGUGCAACACCUACAUUCUGUGUCUCCUCACUCAUGGAGGCUGUGAAGGUUACCCAUAAAGAUGCAUUGAUUCAAUGCAUCUCUGAGUGGAUGCUGAUGAACACAUGUGCAAUAGCCUCCCAAUGCUUUCCUGAGAUCAUAAAGAUUGAUGAUCUCAGCCAUGGAGGCAAGGACAGCUGCCUAAACAAACAAAUUCACAGACACACACUAAUACUGACACACUCACAGAUAAUUUUUAUUUUGAGUUCACCCAGCAUCCCUACCUUUUGGGAGAGCUGGAAGUGGAUCCUUUCCCUGGGGCCCAGUGGUGCUGCUCUGAUCAUCUUCAAGCUCCUUUCUCUGCUCCCUCGGCCACUGUUCAGUGAUGCCAGGGCCGGAAUUAUGUCAUAUUGCGGCUCCCAACAUUACUGCAGGGUGCACAAGGAAGCAGAGCAGGAUGAUGACAGCUCCCUCUCUAACUGACCGGCUCCAUUUCCCCUUGGCCGCCUUCCUGCGUGCAUUCUCCAGGUUCCCCUGGGGCAUUUAAAUUUGGCACUUCAUGUAGUGUUUAAUUGAUGGCUGAGUAUAUCAGCCAUUAUAAUUGCCAGCUUGCCGAUGACUGUGCUAUGAGGCCGGCCACCUCCAAACACCCUUAGUCAGCCGCCCAGCUGCCUCGGAUGAACAGACUGACAAAUCCCAGACGACAGGACAAAGUUCUUGGUGUAUGUAUGUGUGUGUCUGGGAGAGUCUGUGUUUGGCAGUUUGUUUGUAGGAGAGUAAGUGUUUGGUAGUUAGUGUCUGAGAGUGUGUUUCUUGCUAGUGCAUUUGUUUGUGUGGUCUGUAUUGUAAUACCUUCAGGAAUUAAAAUCUUUUCCUAUAUUUUUUUUUAUCGCCAAAGUGGGAAGUGGACCCCUAGCUCCAACACCUCUGCCACGUUUUUUUUGUUUUUGGCCAUUGCAGUAUACAGAAAUGUUUGACGGACUGCUGGUGGUAGGUAGAGAGCAACAGCUGACACUAAACCCAACGUACAAAUAUUUGGACACGCACAGGAGGAAUUAUAGCAGCCUUUUCAGAUGUCUGGCAAUGAAGGGGCUGCAGUUACCAACAGCAAGGAGACAGAGGGAUCUAUUUACACUCUAAUAAAUGCGAGGAUUAUUGUUUUACAUGUAGACAUUUUAGGAAAGUUAAAAACAAACAUGGUUUUGUAAUAGUUUGCACACGUGUGUGUGGCAGUUUUGUUAUAAGUCACUUGUUAUUCAAUGUGCAGAAAAUUACGUUGGAAAAUAUUAAUUAGGCUUUUGGUAUAUGAUCUGUGAACUUUUCUGUUCCACCAGCCUUGUUAUCUGAGAGACUGGGAGUUGCAAGUUCAUUUCAAAAUCCAUGGCCAGGGCAAGAAGAAUCUCAAUGGAGAUGGUUUUGCUAUCUGGUACACCAAGGACAAGAUGCAGUCUGGUAUGGAUUAGUGGACAGUAGAUCUUCUUCAGAUGUGGCUUUCAGAACCAUAAUUUACCACUCUUUCUUGUUGCAGGUCCUGUAUUUGGGAGUAAAGAUAACUUUGUUGGGUUAGGUGUUUUUGUAGACACCUACCCAAAUGAGGAGAAGCAGCAUGAGGUGAGUAUACUCAGCCUUGUCCUUCAUCCUGCAAAGUCCAUUCUUCAUUUGUAUGUUUGUGUUAAUUUAUAUAGUCUGCAACAAAAACAAUGCCCGUUAGAAAAUCAUUUUAUUAACCUCCCAGUGCAGUUAUUUGUAUUUACGAUUUAUUAAAGAAAAAAACAAAAAGCCCAACAUCCGCAUCAUAAUCUGAUUGUAUCACUUCCACCAGCAGCAAACACUUUCUGAUUUCUGCUCACUCUGUAAGCUAGACACAUUCAUCAAAAUCCGUUAUGCUAAAUAUUGCCGGCCACCUGCUUAUGUUUAUGUGGAUAUGUAAUAGUUAAUCCAUUUCUGCUCCUUUUUUUGAGUGUGUAACUAAGUGGCAUGUUUGUAUAUUGCUAUAUGUUCUCUCUCCUGUGCUUCUGGAUGGCAGUCUCAAAAGAAAAGAUACUCUCCAGGGAUGCAGGUAUUGCAAUGUCUAUCUAUUUAUAUUGAGUGGCUGGGAGAGGGUAUGUCCUUGUUACCCAAAGGACCAAAAUAAGGAGAGGCUGUAUUCUGAGCAUGCAUCUUAAAAACUUUUAUCUAGAAAUAAUUGUAGACUUUUUUGUUUCUUUUGGUGUUGGUGUUUUCUAAUCCAUUGUUUGUGUGUAGGAACUUGCACAUUUAGAAAUGGCUUAUCUUAACGUGUACCUGUUAAGCCAAGCAUAUAUGAAAGAAAUUAAUUGCAUUCCAGUAGUUAAUAGGAUUCCUGGGUAUAAUAUACUGCUGGCUUUUCUUCCCCCGUUGCAAUUCAGUAUUUUAUACUGUGUGUGACUAAAUACCAUUUUGCUGGAAUACAUUUUAAGAACAAAUUUGGUGAUCUACGGUAGUGUGUGUUUUUUUACCGACAAUAACCAGUGAGGAUACAUGUUUGUUCUUGCAUUUUUCACAUAUGGCAUACAUUAAGUGCCUCCUCCACAGCUCAAUUUAAUUAUCCAAGGUGGGGGGGGGGAGGACUUUGUCCAGAAACCAAAGAGUAUGGGGGGAUGUGAAGGUGGCCUACAAGACUAGAAUAUGACACUGCAAUGUAAAGAGCACCCUCAUCAUCAUACUAUACUUUUUUCUUAUAGCGUGUAUUCCCCUAUAUAUCUGCUAUGGUCAGCAAUGGGUCUCUGACAUAUGAUCACAGCCGGGAUGGACGUCCCACUGAGCUUGGAGGUUGUACAGCCAUGGUGAGGAACCUAGAUCAUGACACCUUCUUCGUAAUCCGCUAUGUGAAACGUCGACUUACGGUGAGACUUCACUAAUAGCUAAAAUUAAUAAGGACUCUUUCCCUAAUCGGCACUGUAUGUGGUUCUUUAUUUAGACCUCUGUUAUCCGCUUUUUGCGGUUUCCUAUUUGCAUCACAUUCUGUAAUCUUGGAGCUCUGGCUCUUGGGAAUCAGAACUAUAGUGUCAUGAAUACAUGUUUGUAUUCCUGGCACUAUAGUGUUUCUUUUAAGAUGGGUAAUGGGUUUAAUGUAUUUUAAAUAAUUACUUAUGUUGAUUUAUUUACUUUAUUCUUCUAAUAUUUGUCACUUGUUUAUUUCCUGGUAAAACAUUUUAUAAGUAAAGAUACAUUGAGAUUUCUCUCGUUUUCAAGUAUGUCCUGGGUACUUUUUUUUACCAUAUUACCACAAUACCUAGUGUAAUUAACCUUUCUGUCCACAUACCUUCUUCACUCUGUUAAAAAAACAAAACAAUUCUUGGAAUCUUCUAAAGGAGAUCAGUAUGAGGAUUUUCAAACCAACAAUCCUUUCAUAGCUGUUGCAUACAUGCUGUCGUAACUUGCUCAUUGCAGUAAUUAAAGCGGCACUGUCAUGCCAAACUUGCCUUCCUCAAUCGCUUCCUCUUCUCCUCCUCUCUCAGGAUCUGUUCAUUUCUUCCUAUCUGCUCUAGUUUUUUUUAAAAACAUAAAGACAAAGUAGGGACUUUUUUGUAUUCUGUAUUUUUCCUACGCUUGACCAUCUUUGACCCAGGGGAGGAGCAAAGUCUGCUCCAUUUCCUGUAGUCAACGCCAUUUCCCCACAAUUCUCACCUUCCUCCUGCUGUUUCCCACCCCUUAAUUAUUUUUAUAGGUGCUUCACUAAGGAACACUUUAUUAAAGUAGUGGGGGGGGGAGAGGGGGUUUACAACAGUGAGCAGUCACUGGUUUCUCACUGUUUAGUAGACAUUGGGCAGAUUAAUAAUACAAAAUAAACUUUACUUAGUAUUCGUAAAUUUAGCAUUUUAGUAGAUAGCUCCCUAAUACUGUAGGAAUGAAAUUCCGAUCAGAACAAAAAAAACAUGAAGUGACAAACUGUUCUCAUUCUGUUAGGACAAAAUUCGGUAGUUUUGCUGGCGUUGGAACGCCGAAUGAAGCAGCAGGAGGAAAGUGAAAAUUGUGGGAAAAUUGCUUUGACCACAGGAAAUGGAGCAGACUUUGCUCCUCGCCUGUGUCAAAGCUGCUCAAGCGUACGAAAAAUACAUAAGACAAAAAAGUCCCUACUUUGUCUUAUGUUUAAAAAACAAAACUAGAGCAGAUAUGAAGAACAGAUCCUGAGAGAGGGAGAGAAGAGGAAGCGAUUUGGGGAAAGGUAAGUUCGCCAUGACAGUGCCGCUUUAAAUGUUUCAAAUAUUAACCCUCAUAGAAACCCAAGCUUGAUCAUCUCGGACCUGCUGAAAAAAAUUUGCCAGUGUAAUGUUCUUAAUUCUGUAGAAUAAAAAGUCUGCUCUGGAUGGUGUGGCCCGGAGAAUUUGCUCAGUACACUACACUCGUUUCCCUCCUGUUUGUCUGUUACCUACUUUCCAAGCUGUGUUUUUCUCAUUGCUGGCUCUUCUAGAUCAUGAUAGACAUAGAUGGAAAGCAUGAAUGGAAGGACUGCCUAGAUGUUCCUGGUGUGCGCCUGCCUCGUGGAUAUUACUUUGGUGCCUCUGCGGUCACAGGAGACCUGUCAGGUAGCAUUCCCUUUAUAUUUUUUUUGUAAAUAUAUUUGUAUUAAAAAUGUAUGUAUAAAUGUUCCACGGCAUAGAGAUAAAAAUAAGCCAUGGGAGAAGACUAUAAAAUGGAGGUGAGACACGCAGGUCUCUAAUCAUGAAAGAUACGUUUAGGAAGGUGCAGAUAACAAUAUCAAUAACAAUCUUGAUGUAUAAUGUGAGAUACGCAGACUUCAACUUGUAUGGUGAGUGUUUAGCACCGGCCCUCAGGAAGUACCUCUCUGAAGCGGACAACGAGUAUCAACCCACCUAUUCGCACCUUUGAAGGGUAAUCUCUGAUGCCCAGUGAUUGUCGUAUACCAACGUACUACUUUUAUAGGGUUCCCAUCAUCUUAAGCAAGCUGUUGCGGGGACUCCUUUUUCAAGCUAUGCGGUAUCUGGUAGGCUUGACACAGUCUACUCACCAAUGAGUUGUGUAUACAGACAUAAGGGGGCUUUAGGAGAUCCCUUAUCCCAAACGCAAUUAUCUUUUCUAGCUUGGUACACAGUGCCCUGGUGGGUCUUUCUCUUUCCGGACUCAAAGUCCUCUUCUACAGCUAUGCCAUAGAAACGUAAACUGCAGUGGAAGAGGAGAAAAGAAAAGAACAUGAGGGGCAUACCCAUUAUUCUUUCAUGUGCUGCGCGAACUGAUUCAAAAAUCCUAGUGUCCACGCCUUCGAGAACAAUAACCAGUUUUGUUUCUCAAGCCUUUAAUUUAUUAACUCAAUCUUUAACUGGGGAAAUUAACUUCAUUCUUCUGUCAUUUGGCAGUUGCAUGGAAACUGGUGAAUAUUGUGUAUUGUUUCACUGUGUGAACCUAUUAAAAUGCCUAUUUCCUAUCAGAAUUCCUAUUGCGUUUUUUUUUGUUUUGUUUUUAUUCCUGCCCAGCAGUUAAUCACCUAAACAAUCAUUAGUUACAGGUGGAGGAAAAAACUGAUUCUAGGGUGCAAACACAAUCUUUCUCUCUAGCUACGUGUUAGAAAUUAUCACGCAUGUGUGAUGUCAUGCCUAUGUGCACAUCCACUAAUUCUCUUAGGAUUUUACUGCAAAAUAGCGUCAUUCAGAGUUAUCCUGUUUUAAUUAUUAUUUGUCUUAAGUAUACUUUUUUUGAUGCUGCUGCUGUUAAGGAGCACUUCUAGCACCGCAACCACUACAGCACACUGUAGCGUUAUGGUGCCAGGAGUACCUUUAUGCCCCCAGUGUAAGUAGUCAAACCAUCUUAGUACCUUCUAUGGAUGGACCUUUUUACUCUGGGUCUAAUGGGCCCUCCUGGCACCGUAACCAGUACAGCACACUGUAGUGGUUAUGUUGUUUGGAGUGUUCCUUCAAAUAAGCACAACUUUCCACUCCCCCCUGCCGCCCCCCUCAAGAUCUUACUUCUAUUUCAUCCUGCUGCUGCUGGCCCUCAUCUGCCUGCUUGGCUGACCUCAGAAAUGUUAAUCUGAGCUAAUCACAGUGCUUUCUCAUAGGAAAGUAUUGGAUUGGCUGAGACUAUCAAGGAGGCAGAUUAGGGACAGUGCAAGCACAAGCCAAACACAGCCCUGUCCAAUCAGUAUCUCCUCAUAGAGAUGCAUUGAAUUAAUGCAUCUUGAUGAGGAAAGUUCAGGGUCUUCAUGCACAGGGUGGAGACACUGAAUGGUUGCUGUACACUAGGCAGCACUGACCUAGGAAGCACCUCUAGAAGCCAUCUGAGGAGUGAGCAGUGGAGUGAUCACUAGGCAGUAAUGUAAACACUGCAUGUUCUCUGAAAAGAUAGUGUUUACAGCAAAAAGCCUGAUGGUAAUGAUUCUACUCACCAGAACAAAUACUAUAAGCUGUAGUUGUUUUGAGACUAUAGUGUCCCUUUAAGUUAGCAUAGACUGUUGUUGCCAUUUAAGAGGUUAGAAGCAAAAGAACUACCACAUUAGUUUUUAAUAAACAGAUUUAAACUAUGGGAUUGUUUUGCAAUGAAAUGGGAAUAAGUGUUUGUUUCAAAGUGGAAAUUUCCCUGCAAAAAUAUCUUGCAUGUAAUGAUUUAAAGGGUUACUCCAAGCAACAUGAUCACUUCUGUAUUUCACUUUGAAACUCUGCACAUACAGUUGUUGUUGUUGUUGUGGUCUGUGUGUUUUUUUAGUUUUUUUUGUUUUUUAUAUAUUAAAUCAACUCCAGAGUGGCUGGCUAACACUGUGCGCAACAAAAUCAGGCUGUAGUGGUUAUGAUGCUUGGAGUAACCCUUUAACUUUGAUCUCAGUAUAUAAUCUAAAAACACCCAUGACAUUCUUUAAAAAAAAAAAUGGUAGAAAUAACUUUUUGCAGUGCUGUACAAGGGGCAAAAACAUAUUAAUAAUAGUCCUGCACAUGUAGUAUCUAAAAUGCUAUAAUGUGCCUCUUUGAUCUGCUUUCAGAUAACCAUGAUCUUAUCUCUCUCAAACUGUACCAACUAAGUGUGACACGUUCUCCGGAUGAAGAAGCUGCAGAUAAAGAAGUAUUUAUACCCAGUGUAGACAACAUGAAGCUACCUGGAGGUAAUCACACUUUGUCACACGUCUGUAUUUCAGAAUUUGGUUUACUGUAGUUUAUUUUCUUUUUCUUUUCUUUUCUUCGUUAGUUGAUCAGUCGUCCGAGCCUAUGAGUGGUUUUGCUCUCUUCAUCAUUGUCUUCUUCUCCAUACUGGGCCUGGUCUUUGCUGCGGUCAUCUUGCUAAUUGUGUACAAUAAGUGGCAGGAGAGAAGUCGCAAGCAUUUCUACUGAUUCUCUUUCCCCAUGGCAGCAGACACAGGCUGGGUUUACAGUCUGACUACUUCGGAGUGAGGAGUAUUAUCUACAAAUGACACUACAGGCUUGAAAUACUGCUCCGCUGCCUGCCCUACUACUAUUUAUCUUCAGUUUAUUUUAAACACUGGGCUUUUUUUUUUUUACAAGCUGCUACUGAAGAUGUAAUUAUUUUUAUAGAUCUGCCUUACCUCAGAGUUCUUUUAAUGUUAUCUAAUAUUUUGCAAAUAACAGUUACACGUGAACCAUACUCUUUACUAUGUGCCUGCAUCCUCACAAGACAUUUUGCUGUUAAAGAACCAAUCUGCCCCUGCUCCUCAUGUGUCAGUCUGUGAAUUUACCCAACUUUCUUGUCCACCCUUUCUGGUCUAAAGUUUUACUUUUUUGUAAACUUCUGUUUUCUGAUUCAGAAUUGUUGUUAUAAUGUAAAUUAUCGCAAAUUGCUAAAGGUUAGUUCGGCUGCAGUAAUUACAAGUUCAAAACAAGGAGCACUUCCCAUUAGUUUUCUGUUUUGUUUUUUCCUCUUCCUUUCACCAGUUUGCGGGCCAGGUGAAUAAAAAAAAACAACUAGUUUUUACCAUCUGACGAGCAUUCACAAUCUAAAUUGGUAGUUUGGUGUCAAUAGAAGGUACAUUCAAAAGGAGAGAUGUUUAAUUUAAUUCCAAAUAGCAAUGAUAGAAGCAAAGUUAAGCAUUUGCUAAAGUAAAUCAUGCAAAUAUCCAAAGAGCCCACACAGCUGUAUCGCACUACAGACAAAUUACUUAUUUUUCUCUUUUCCCCUGCCUAAAUUUUCAACCCUGACUUCAAGUAUCACCAAAUGUUUGACUAUGGAACUGCCUUAGAAAUCUAGGUUUAAGAAAACUAAAAAAAAAACUAAAAAACUUCUGACGGCUUAAUGUAAUAGCUAUGCCUGUUUUUCUACACCCCGCCCCCAUAAAGUGGUUUAUAAAAUGAAUUAUUCUCAGGGACAGGGCUCUGCAAUUACUUGGAAAACGCUAUUAUAAUAUUUUAAGGAAUUUUGAAUACAUUCAACUCCCAUCAGGUACAGCCAGUGUUGGCAUGUAGUUCACAAUAACUAAGCCUUCCCUGCCAGUCCAUGCUGAAACACUUUGGCAACUUUUGUUUAGGUAUUUUUAUAAAGCUUUACAAAUUUCUGUCCUCAAUACCUCCAGACAGGGAGCAGUUUUUUGGAAAUCCAUAAAUAAACCUCUACCUUGACUAAGUGGUAGCUACAUCUCUUUGCUUGAUGUUUGAUCAAUUAAAUCAGCUGAGCAUGUCACUAGACGUAACAUACUUCUAAUCCAGGGGUAGGCAACAUUUAGCACAGCUAAUGUUGUGGGCUACAUCUCCCAUAAUAUGGGCAAAGCAUCUGAGGAGAUCCAACAACAUCUGGAGGUUACCUACCCCUGAACUAAUCAUAUGAGGAGAGGGUUAGGAACAUUGGCUCUGGCUGUAGUUGGUGAAACCCAAAAAAAGGUAUGAUUUGUGUAGCACUGGGCUACCACAAAGAAACAAAGCUUUGUAAAGGAUUAAACUGGUGAAUGUGACUAAGGCCUUGAUAUUAUUUUUGGAUAAACUCAAAAUGUAUUUUUUUCUAAAUAUUAAAUAAUUUCAAAAGUUUACCCAAAAGCAUUAAAUACUUUGAAAAGCUUUUUGAAAAUUAAUAAACUGAGGCCUUUAGCUGUUUCUCUACCCGUGUAUUAACUCACUGAGUGCCAGAAUGAACACAAAUUGUGUUCUAUAGUUAAUAUCUAUGGUCUCUUUGGCUUGGUACUGAUUUGUAUACGCUUAAAGGUUUUGAGACAUCUCUUUUGUAAUUUUGUAUCUUAAUGUAUUUAUUAGAGUAAUUUGUACUAUGACUGGAAAAAAAGUUUGUGCUAGUUAUGCAGCAGAAAGUCUGUGGCUAGCUUUCACUCACGGCCAUUCAUCAAACCAAGAAUGGACCAAAAUGUUGCAGAUGUUAGGGCAAAAUGCCAGAGGUGGAGAAUUUAAGUGGCCAAACGAUUGGCAUUUCCUUUUCAAUUCCCAUUGUAGGUUAUGCAGUCCAGCAAGAGGCGUGUAUGUGCUUUCUUUUUAUGGAAAGGUAAAAUGAGUGGCAUUCAGAUUUUAUCAGACAUCCUAAUGUAAAGGUGUAGUUUACUGCCCAAUGUUAUGCGUCCAUUAUACAUUCUUGCAAUGGGAUAAAAGAUAAUUGUAAUGUUGAACAAUAUUUUAAAUUCUGCAGGUUUAAUUUUUUUUAGUUUUGCAUUAAUUAAAAAUUAAACUCUGUACAUUUAAAAAUAGGAAUGUUGCAUCCUGUGCAUGUGUUUACAUGUUUGUCUAAAGAGCGCCUGAAUUCUUUGCAUAAUUUUGCCUGAAAUGCAAAGACAAUAUUUAUGUGUACACAGACACACAUCAGUGACGGUGUGUGUAGGUUUUAGAUAUGAUUUUUUAAAUUACACACUUGAGAUAAAAUCUAAAUAAAUGAUGAG